AUGCUUCAUUGCUCCUCUCGGCUCAUGGAGGCACGCUUGCCAAUCAAGAGCACAAUCUUCGAGAUAUUGGUUGUGUACAACAUGACGCAGAUGCUUCUUAACACGUAUGUGUGUGCUCGUGUGUUGAGAGAAGCCUGGCUGCAAGGCUUCAGCUACCCAUGGGGCAACCAGUUCGUGUACACGAAGGAAGGGCAUCGACUUGGCUAUUUCAUUUGGUUUCACUACCACCUCUGCCAGCUCGAACUGCUGGAUACGGUGUUCGUCGUCAUCCGCAAGAAAUUCCAGAAGAUCACAUUCCUCCAUGUUUGGCUUAGAUUGCUGAACAUGUGGGGCUGGUUCUUCGCCUGCCGCUACGCCUGCGGGGGCGACACCUACUUCCCGGCAGCGGUGAAUGCUGCGACACGGGCUGUGGUCUACGCUUUCUAUAGCCUCUCGCUGCUGUCCGAGCGCGGAGUGCCGCUCGUGCGCAAAGCGCACGUGACCGAGCUCCAGAUGUUCCAGUUCGCGAUUUGCGCUUUCCACGCACUGUUUUGCAUGUACAGGUUUUGGGAUAUGCAGAUUUCCAGAGCUGUGUUGCUGCUCUACUUCCUGGUCAUGACCAGUGGCCUCAUGCUCUACACCGACUUCCAUUACCAAGCGGAGGGCAAAUCUGUGAGGAAGCUUGAGUCGCAGAGGAAGAUCAGCAUUGCCUUCGACUCCAGCGGGUGGCUGUAUUGCUACCAUUUCGGCGUGGCAGCUUGGCUACGUGAGCAUCUGAUGCCGGAGGAUCUGAAGCCUGAGGAUGCGGACACGGAGAAAUUCCCGAACCACCUGGCCUUCAGCGGAUCGUCUGGUGGUGCCCUGGUCGCCACUGUCCUCUCCUCGGGUCUGCAGCCCAAGGAUGUCUUUGAGGUGGUUCUCACGAAACAGCCGGAGUGCGCCUACAAUCCCUUCCGGAUGCUUCCAGCAGCGGAAGACGUGCUCAGGAAGAUGCUGCCUGACAACGCCUUCCGAAGCCUUUCCGGCCGCAUCCGGAUACUGCUGACAAGAGUCUCAAUGAAGUUUCCCUUCUUGAGCGCAGAGGUGGUGAACAGCUUCCAGAACCAGGAGGACGUAUUCCACGCGCUGCGCUCCUCUUGCCAUGUUCCGAUCAUCGGCGGCCUGGGUCCUUACCGAUAUGAUGGCCAUGCCUACUUUGAUGGAAUGUUCUGGCCGCAGAUGCUUGUUCCAUGGAAAGGCAAUGAAGCAGACUACGUGGUGCGUGUUGCUGCUCUACUGCGUAACCCCUCCUCUGACAUCAGCGCGCCUUUCAUCCCGGCCUGGUGGUCCAUCUUUCCACCCAAAGAGCCGAUCCUCCGAGGGGUGUACUGGAGAGGGUACCAAGAUGCUGCGCGCUGGUUUAGCAGAAGUCCAGAGAGUUCCGCCUGUUGGUCGUGCAGGGCUUCAGCUAAUGCUGAAGGCCUGCGCCGCAGACCGUCUGGCAAAGGCCGCCUGUCACUGAAGCCAGAGGGCACUGAGGAGACCGACGGUGAUGCCCGAGACCGCUGGUUUGAAAUACAGAAGCUGCUGCUCAAGAAGCCAGACGGCGGGCUGCCAGACGUGGACCCGGCGACCGGCAAGCCUCCCGAAGAGUACAUCAAGAUCAUGGAAGAUGCGAUGAAGCAGUCUCGGAUGUAUGUCGGGGGCCUAUCCAUGGCGCUGUGCUCCCUGGUGUGCGCAUUGGUCCUGCGUGGCUUUUUCUGA